ACGGAAAACUGUUGAAAAAUAAUUAAGAAUAGAGUGACUUAAAUCAUUUAGCAUAGUGAACUGAAUUGUGCAAUUCGAACAAGUGAAGAUAAACAAGUGCAAAAUGUAUUUUUUGGCAUUGCUGGCGUUCAUUGGAAAUGCCAAAGAUGGAAAUGCUGUCAGCUCUAGCCUUAUACCCGGCGGACAUUGCCGGGAUUACAAUGGCAAGCUUUACGAGACGGGCAUGCAUUAUAUGCCCGGACCGGAUUCGUGUCGUUUGUGCAUCUGUGACAGCGGUUUGCCCAAGGCAUGCAAAAUGGUGCUUUGUGAGGCAUUUAGCAAAUGCAAAUCCUUUCAAACUGUGGGCAGUGGCAACAAUUGCUGUGAGGUGAUCUGCUUAGAUGAUCAAUUCAGCGAUGGGAGUACAGAUUUUGGCAUUUGACUGGUGGCCAGUGGCAUAACAGCCACAUUGUCGCUCUCUCUGCUCUUCUUUCUGGUCAAUCGUUUAAGGCAACGCAAGAUGAGGGCCAGGGAGAAUCGCCAAAAUGCCGAAGAUCAACGCAGCAUUGUGGGAAGCAUUGGUUACAUUGCCGGCAAUAUGGGCUAUAUGGAGGGCAAUCUGAGUGCCAUAGAUUAUUCGUAUGGCGGAGCAGCCACCCAUUAUCCUUUGUGGAAACCGCAUUUUCCCCGUGGCGAAGCCCCACCACCGUAUGAAGAGGCUGUUGCCAUAUCCCAGGCCGAGGCAUUGAGUGCCCAGUGUACCGUAAGCAUACCUGCGGGCAGUUCCCAACGAGGCAUAGUUAUGGCCACCCAACAACAGGUUCAACAGCAUCAGCAGACAGUGCAGCUACAACAGGUCCAGGCCCAUCAGCAACAUCUGCAGCAGCACCAGCACACAUUGCAGUUGCAUACCCAACCGCAGCAACAUCAUCCACCUUACACCCAGCAAUUGGUUCCGGUUGCGCAGCAUCCCCAACCGCAAGCACAAUCCCAUCAACUGCAACACCAUCAUGCUCAGUUGGCUGCCGCUGCGGCAGUGGCUGCUGGUUCUGCGGCUCAACCGGCCACAGCAACUGCUGUCUCGGUGUUGCCACAGACAAAUCAGUAUACCCAAAGUACCACAAAUUUAAUUAACAUCAAUAUAAAUAGUGGUGGAGUGACAACCAUUGCCACGGGAGAGAAUCAUCAGCCACCGUAUAGUUUACAGAGCGACGAGCCUUCUCAAUCGUCACUUUGCCUGCAGACAUUGCCCAAGCCACAGCCACAGGCAACACAACUUCCCUCGGCCGAGUGUAGCUAUAAGAAUUGCCAUUUAAAUAUCAGUGCAAGUGUCACGGCAGGAUCGGCACAUAUGGCACACACUGGUCGAAGGACAACUGCGACAGCAACAUCCACGCCUCGUGGCUCACAGGAGCUACUUAAUCAAUUUCCCCAGCAGCAUCAACAGCAACAACAACAACAACAACAGCAAUAUCUUACUGUUGCCGAUGUGGAAAUCAAUGCUAGUUCAAGUGCGGCAAGUUUUCAUACUCUACCAGUGUCGUCGGGAGAGCUAAUUGCCACACCCACUCACACACAAAACCAACUGCUUCAACAACAACAACAACAACACCUGCAGCAACAGCAGCAUCAACAACAGCAACAGCAGCAGCAGCAGCAGCAAAUAAUGCCCGCCAUAGAAAUAUUACAACCAUUGGAAAUUGCAACAAUAACAUCGCCAACGCCCACGUCUAUGACGGAUUCAGUUACUCAGACCCGACAACAGCAACAACAGCAGCAGACACAGCAACAACAACAACAACAACAAUUGGCUACGGGUUCCAAGACGCCUUCAAGUUCGCGACGUUAUCAUCGCACGAUCCCACGUUACUUUGCCUUGGCCGAUCCCCUGCAAGUGCAAUUGAAACCCAAGUCCAAUAGCUCCAAUGCCAGUUCCAGCACGGAUGUGGCCAAGAUGAACAAUGGCACAGCAACGACAAGCAAAAAACCCAUGUGCCAAUGCCCGAUUCAACAUGUGCCCAUGUCAUAUAUGGGCAGUAAUGUCCAUGCCAAUGCCAAUGCCAAUGCCUUUAAAUUGUUCACCUCCUCCGCCUCCUCCACCUCGAGUCCCACAUGUUCAUUGUCGCCGGCUGGUGGGGUGCGACACGCUGCCACCUUGGCGUACGGUCAGCGAGCCAAAUCGUCAACGAAUCUGCAACUGCAGCAGGAACUCAUUCCGGUCAGUGGGGCCACAUUGAAGCGUCUCAGUUGUGCGCAUGAGUCCAUGAAAAUUGCUACCAUUUCGAAACAGGUGGGCGAUGAUCAUCACACCCAUGCGUCAUCGGUCAGUUCGGUAUCGAGUGGUGGUGUCAAUGUGUCGGCAAUUAUUCCACCGCCCCCACUGCAGCAUGCCGAAGAGGUGUCGGCGCCACCCAUUGUCUUGGGACGUGUCCAGAAGCGUUCGUCGUCGAGUUCGACCACAGAUCGGGGACGCAGCAGCAGCGGCGGACGCAGUGCAUUGUCGUCGGGGGUAGGGGGCAAUAAUACUGGAGCCGAUAGUCUCUCCACUGCCUAUUUGAAUCGAAAGGUUGAUGCCUACUUGAGUUUGACACAGAAACAACAGCAACAUUUCUAUAACCAGCAGCAGCAACAGCAACAAAAGCAACAUCAGCAGCAGCAACAGCAACAACAGCAACAAAUCGAUCAAAGCAAUCCAACUUUACCACCGAAACUCUACAAAAGCCUAACGAAUUUAAAAUCAGCCACUGGACCAAGCACUAGCAACAACAGUUCAGUGUCCACAAUCUAUACGUUAAGCAAACCAUCAUCCUCAAUGUCGUUGGCAUCAUCGUCGACAACAGGAGCAGCAGCAACAACAACAACAACAACGAGUGGUACCGGUCAACGUAAGGAGCAACCGACACCAACAUUAACACUGCCACCAACAAGUCCUGCAGCUGCCUCAGAGAAAAUAACAAGUGGCAAAAUCAAUUCAAGCACGUUCUAUCCAUUGGCCAAUCAUGUUACCUAUACCCUGCCCAAGCACAUCAGUGGCAAGGUAUCGCUAAACAGCACCAUCAACAGUGUGGUCAGUAAAGUGCCCUCAGUCAUUAGCAUACCACCCAUGGAGAAUAACAAUGGUCAGGGCGGAGGAGCUGCAACCACCAGCAGCAGCCUUAGUAAGAGCACAACACUGCCAAAGAUAUUGAGAGUGAAGCGUGAUCCAACGCCAGCAAAUCCAUCAUCGAAUAAUAGCAAUGAGAAGUCUGGUUUGGCCAUUGCCCACUGCCAGAUGCCAAGCUAUCCACUGAGUACCCUGAAAACAGCAACUACAAGUGCUGCUGCUUCUGGCAAUGGUCGUUCGCCUUCGAAGCAACUGCCAGUGUGCACCACAUCGAAGAAUUGCCUUAAUCCCAAGGAGCAUUUCUUGCCCAACGACACCAGUCUGGAUGAUGAUUACCUCAGCGAAUGCGAGAAUUGCAAAAUUGCCCAGAGUGCCAAGUAUUAUCUGGAUGCCGAGCUAAGCGGUGGGACUGGCGCCAAUUCGUCCUCGCCCCAUGAGACAAUGACACUGCAACGCAAAUCACUGGAGGAGACCAAGGAGGAGCCUCAUGAUAGCUACUAUCGUAGCUCCCAUACGCUGCCCAGUAAUGCCAAGAAGCAUGGACCGAAUAAGAAUAACAAUCGUGAAGCCUGGCAAUUCUCAACAAUUCCUGCAGCCAGCUCUUCGGAUGAGGAUGUUAACGAAUGAGAUUUAAGCCAUUUUCUUUAAGAUGCCCACCUCCCCCGCCCCCCUCCAACACAGAGCCGGGAAACGGAACGGAACACAUUCCAAACACCAAAAAAAAAAAACAGAGCAUCCUAAAGAAAAUGUAGGCUUUUGAAAAUAUUAGAAUCGCAAUGAAACUGUAAAAAUCCAAUGAGAAUCUAAUUAAGAAAACAAAAACUAAUUGAUAAAUUAUCGAAAAUUUCGUAUAAACUAUAAAUUCUAUGAAUAUGUAAAUGUAAGUAGGAGAAUAUAUAAUAAUUAUUAUUAUUUGAUGGCAUGUAAAUUUUCGCGUGUUUAUUAUGCACAUGUAUAUUUGUUUGUAUGUAUGUAAUUGUAAUUGUAAUUCAACGAGAAAGAGGAGAAAGUGAUCAAUGUACCAUAUAAUAUAUAUAGAUAUACAGAGAUAUCUGUAAUUAUUUACUACUAAUAUGUCUUUUGCCAAACACACAAAAACCAAACCUUAACUGUCAAUAAUUGUAUAUUAUAUAACUGUCUAUAUGUAAUAUGAAUAUUUGCUAGGCUCACACAAUUAGUUAGCAUGUCAACCACAAGGUGACGACAUGCUUAUGACACAAUCCUCUGCUCCAACCAUAAAUAUAAUAUGGCACUAGAAUAAAGAAUAUAUUUAUAUUUACCAGAUACAUAUAGAAGUCACACAUGAAAUUCUUUAAAUGUAAAUUUGUAUUUCUUCCCCCCUCCCUUCCUUCUCACACGAGAGAAAUCAGCUUAGCUAUAAGAAAUGAUAAAUGGAUGUAAGGAUAUAUGUGUUAUUAGAUGGUUUCCUGAUUGAAGAUCCUUCGCUAAAAUUCUCCCCUAGCGAAAUUGAAUGCAAUCCAAAAACUAGUUACAGUAACUAAACCAAAUAUCUCAUUGUAUAUGUAGUUUGAAACAAAAAAAAACACAAAACAAAAUAAUUAA